AUGGAGAAAUUCGGCUUCAACAGGGUUUCAAACAACCCUUCUACCGGAGGUCCUACAAUCUCCCACUCAAGACCGAACGAGCCUCGGUCCACCCAGUAUAAAGUCGCUUUGCGAGCCGCAAACGCGCCUUCAAACGAAGUAGCACUCACCAACAGAAUCGCUGUCAACCCCAACGACUUCCCUCAAUUGCACGACGGACAAACCGUGAUCUUGGAUGGCCUCUUCGUGUUUUCCAUCAGCAAGAGCCCUGCCAUGGAACCCGGCACCGUGGGUUUGGCAGGACAUGUUCGUCAGUGGAUCAGAGCAUCUGUAGGCCAGAAGAUUACCGUAGAAUCAUACAACAUUGCCACACAGAAACCCAAUGAAGAUAUCUAUCUAGGGUCAAUCGAUCUUCUCGUGGAUUUCCGAUCAUCUGCUAGAGCUCGUGAGAUGACCGUUAAGGAGGAGGACCUUGUGCAGCAGUUUUUCAACAGUUACGAAAACCAGGUUUUGCAGCCCAGUCAGCCAAUCACCAUGGAGUUCCGUGGUCAAAUUCUCAUGGUCACGGUUCGUCAGACCCUGCCUGUAGACAUUGCACACUUGCAAGCACCAACCUCGGCCUCUUCUACCGAUAUUUCUGCGAAGGGUGUGCUCAUUAAAGAGGGAACUGAUGUUGGAUUCUCGCCAGCUGACAGAUCUCUCCUUCAAAUUCAACAAUCGGAGAAUAGUCGCUCGUUGGAGGCUGCCCCUACCAAUCAACUUAUCAACUCUGACUUCAAAUUGGAGAAUUUGGGAAUCGGAGGUUUAGAUCUGGAGUUCCUGCAAAUUUUCCGUCGUGCUUUCGCUUCGAGAACAGUAUCACCUACACUUGUUGAAAAGCUUGGUGUGCGUCACGUUAAAGGUUUGCUUUUGUACGGUCCUCCAGGUACUGGUAAGACAUUGAUCGCUCGUCAGAUCGGAAAAAUGUUGAACGUGAAGGAAAUCCAAAUUGUCAAUGGUCCUGAGAUGCUUUCCAAGUAUGUUGGUUCUUCCGAAGAGAAUAUUCGUAAUCUCUUCAAGAAUGCCGAGGCAGAUGAGAAGAGCAUGGGCAAGAAUUCUCCAUUGCAUAUCAUCAUUUUCGAUGAGUUGGAUUCCGUGUUCAAACAGAGAGGUGGUGGAAGUACCGGAGGGACUGGUGUUGGUGAUAACGUUGUCAACCAGCUUUUGGCGAAGAUGGAUGGUGUUGAACCCUUAAACAAUAUUUUGAUCAUUGGUAUGACAAAUAGAUUGGACUUGAUUGAUAGCGCUUUGCUUCGUCCUGGACGUUUCGAGAUUCAAAUCGAGAUCUCCUUGCCUGACGAGAAAGGCCGUAAGGAGAUCUUGUUGAUUCACACCAAAAAAAUGGCUGAUAACAAGCUUUUGGACUCAGACGUCAAUUUUGACGAAUUGGCAGCAUUGACUAAGAAUUACACAGGUGCAGAGCUCGAGGGUUUGUGCAACUCAGCGUCAUCGUUUGCUAUUUACGAACAAAGAGGCGAAGAACUCGGAAAAAUGGCAAGCAAUGCAAAUGUUAAGCUUAGCAGAAGCUUUUUUAUGAUGGCCUUGAACGAAGUCAAACCUGCGUUUGGUAUAGAUGAGGAUGAUUUCAAGUCAGCCUACAGACACGGUAUGAUUGAAUUUAAUCCCUAUGUGAGACACGUAUUUGACAGACUUCAGUCAUAUGUGACGGAAGUAAAGACCUCCGACUCGGAGAGGCUCGUCAGUGUAUUGUUGCAUGGUGAUCCCGGUGUUGGAAAGACUGCCAUUGCAGCUAAGCUUGCCAUGACGUCUGGAUUUCCUCUUGUGAAAAUGCUCAGUGCAGAGAGCUUGGUGGGUAUGAGUGAGCCACAGAAAAUGGUCGCAAUUGACAAUGUCAUGAGAGACAUUUACAAAUCUCCAUUGAACGUUCUUGUCAUUGAUAAGAUUGAGUCGUUAAUCAAUUAUGUUCCUAUUGGACCUCGGUUUUCCAACGAGAUUUUGCAGAUGUUGAUUGUGUAUCUCAAGAAAUACCCACCCAAUGGAAGAAGAUUGCUCAUCAUUGGAACGACAUCUCAGUACAGCGCCCUUGAUCACAUGAACUUGGUCGAGAACUUUACUGCAGUGAUAAACUUGAGAAGACUUAAGACCUUUGAAGAAAUCAACAAGGUGUUCGAAGAUUUGAAUUUCAUGAGCCCAGCCGAACGCCAUGAGGUGCUCCGUCAAUUGGAAGAGAACUGCACUGAGCAAUUGGAGAUCAGCGUUAGAAAAUUAAUUCAGAUCGUUAUGAAUUGCAAAUCCGCAAAUGCGAGCGUUGAUUCAGUUGCUGAAAAGAUCAUCGAAUCGAAUAGAUUUUAG